UAAUCACUUCAAGCUGUGAUGCGGAAUUACAAAAAUAGCCAACUUAAUCCAGUUGGCAAAGGUUAAACAACAAUGGUACAAGCACACGUAUAAAUCAGCAGUGCAAUAGGGGCUUUAAACAUAAACACAUCAUACAACUACAUCAUAUGACCUUUAAUACGAUGCAUGCUGAAAAGCGAUGUGCCUAGAGUGCACAUCAUGAUAGCGAUGGAGACCGACGCGCAUCCUUUUCCCCUGUAUGAGCGGAUCUAAACAGCUUGGGGAGGAGUGGCGAGAGGAGCACGCAGAGGCUCUGAUAGUGACAGUCGUUUCUCUCCCCCGGCGUCCCCCCUGCUCCGGCUUCUUCAUCGUCAUCAUCAUCAUCAGCCUCAGCAUCAGCAGCUUGAGCUUCAUCAGCAGGAGCAGAGUCCAUCGACGGCGUGGAAAGGCAGCACGCAGCAUCAAAAGGCGCUCCGCUCGAGGAGGAAGAUGGAGAAAUGGCAGUUGACCAAAUGUAAGGGUCAACAAUUCCAGCGAAGUCUUCAUUUAUGACACAAACCCAGGUUUGUGCGCCAAUAGGAGCUAUUUAAAGAAGAAAAGUAACAUUACCAUCCUGAAGGUUUCAAAAAGGAGGGGCAACCGAGGACAGAAGACAAAUAAGAAUUAUCCUCUGUGACACCUAAAGAAACAUGGAUGUAUCUUCAUCCUCCCUCCAGUACGGAUCAAAGAAGCGAGUUAAGAUUCACCCAAACACAGUAACAGUGAAAUAUGCUACUCACUUCCCCCAGCCUGGGGAUGAAGGGUAUGAUGACGCACCCUCCUUUGAGGACUUUGGCGCCUUUGCAGAAACCAAUGUGGGAAAGAGGUUGGUGUCAGACAGCAAAGGUGGUAGGACUUUCUUUGGAACCAUGGAGACCCAGCCUAAGCAGCCAAGUUUUCAAAAAGACAAGGGGGUCGGGGGCCAACUGGCCAGCUUUGGUGAGGCGAAUGUGCUGGCCUCCAGAGUGACAUGGAUGGCCUUGUUUGGGGCCGCAGUGGCUCAUGGUUGUGUGGCACUGAUUACUCGUCUAGCAGCAGACCACUCUAAAGUGCCCUCCCUUGAGCUUCUCUUUAUCCGCUCUGUGAUCCAAGUGCUGUCGAUCCUUGUAGUCUUCUACUACCACGAAGCCCCAUUUGGCCCAAAGGGCUACCGCCUGCGUCUGUUCUUCUACGGUUUCUGUAAUGUAAUCUCUAUCACUUGCGCCUACACCUCUUUUACCAUAGUACCACCCAGUAAUGGCACCAUCAUGUGGCGUGCUUCCACCACAGUCUUCAGUGCAAUACUGGCCCUCCUGCUCCUGGAUGAGAGGCUGGGCUACACAGAUGUGGUCACAGUGGUAGGAAGCGUGUUUGGUCUGUGCCUGGUCAUGGUGCCAAACAUAGCAGAUGAGGAGAAGUCCAGGCUGGGCUUUUGGAAGGAGGCGUUUGGCUACACAAUGACGGUGAUGGCUGGUUUGACAGCUGCCCUGUCCAUGAUUGUCUACAGAGCCAUUAAGGAGCGUGUCAGCAUGUGGACGGCACUCUUUACCUUCGGCUGGAUGGGCACAGUGUGGGGUGCCUCCACCAUGUUCAUCAUGCAGGAGCCCAUCAUUCCUCUAGAUGGGGAGACCUGGGGCUAUUUAAUUGGGAUCUGUAUCUGCUCCACAGUGGCAUUUCUUGGAGUAUACUAUGCUCUAAACAAGUUUCAUGCAGCUUUAGUUAGCACUGUUCAGCACCUAGAGAUCGUGGUUGCCAUGUUCCUCCAGCUCAUUGUUCUGAGGAUGAUCCCAUCCCUCUAUGAUGUCAUUGGAGGCUUGGUCAUCAUGAUCAGUGUUUUUACCCUAACAGGAGUCAAGCUGUACAGGGUGAGCAGAGCCAUUCGGCAGGAUUAUCAAGAGAUUCUAGACUCGCCCAUCAAAUGAGUUUAGAUAUAUGUCUAUUUGUUUACAGUGUUGCUUGGUUGUGCAAUUUAAAGAAUGUAUGAAUCUUUAUCUGAUGAUUUUGUAUUGUGUUGUUGGAAGAGUGCCAGUUGUGUUACUAGUGUCUUAAUCUUUUGUGUGUGAUGUUAAAAGACAAAUGUAAUAUGGUGACCAUUUCCGCACAGUACUACUACUUUAAUGUCAAAUUGUCUCACAGACCAAUAUGUUAAUGAAAAUAACAAUCUGUAUCAUUUUUGUGAUUUAUUUUGUUUAAACAUUGAAAUCAUAUGGAAUCUGGUUUUGUGAAUGGCAUUGUAAGAAGAUCCUUCUAAUGAUAUACACAAUUUAUAAUCAUAAUAUCAACAAGUUGUGUUGUAUCCCUGUGUUGUUACACUGCCACACUUGUCACCCUGUCUAAAUAUCAGCACAGAAAUCAUUCAUACUUACAAUAAAAAGAAUAAAAAUAUAUACCACCCACAUUUAAUAAAAUAACUGGUAUUGAUUUUCUUAGCUUUAAUCAGUGCAUCGAUAUUUUAAUUAAUCAAAACUAAUUAUAGAAGAGUCAGCAUAUGAACAUGGAAAUAUAUAGAAGCCUUUAUUUGCCAGCCUGUUAAUAAGAGUAUAUGCAUUGUUUUUAUAAGAUUUAAUCUAAAUUUACAAGUACACUCUUCAAGUUUCUGGGAGAUCAGAUAUGUUCUGCACAUGGAAAUGAUCUAUCUGUAUUAUUUCAUAUAUGAUUUCCUCUCCUCAAUGUUUUAUGCACUCCUUCUUUCAGUGUUGUUCUUACUGGUUCUGGCACCAGCAGCUGGUUGAUAUUUAGCAAUGGAUGAUGCUACGUCUGUUUAUUUUCAGAUGCAUAUCAAACUAAAAUCCAAAGGCAGGUCCACUGUACUGAAUUAAAGUCCCCUUAAACAACAUAAGA